AUGGCCCGAAGCGGAGCAACGCGCCGGGCAUUUAUUGAGUCAUUGAUCAAUUUCAUGCAGACAUGGGGUUUCGAUGGCGUCGAUCUUGACUGGGAGUACCCCGGAGCAGAAGACCGAGGCGGAGUCGCUGCCGAUACAGCCAACUACGUGCUUCUUCUCAAGGACCUCAAAGAUGCGUUCGGCGGCCGGUACGGGUUAAGCGUAACAUUGCCAGCAUCGUAUUGGUAUCUCAGAUGGUUUGACCUACCGUCAAUGCAAGAGUAUGUUGAUUUUUUCAAUAUUAUGACAUACGACAUUCAUGGUGUCUGGGACGCGUCAAAUAAAUUCACAGGGCCCUAUGUUAGGCCGCAUACCAAUUUGACUGAAAUUAAGCAAGGGCUUGACCUGCUAUGGAGGAACAAGAUCAAUCCUUCUGCAGUUAAUAUGGGAAUUGGCUGGUAUGGUCGCUCCUUCACCCUGCAGGAUCCUACCUGUGACAAGCCAGGCUGCAUCUUCCGCUUUGGUGGAAAUCCUGGAGAAUGCACCAAAUCCUCUGGUACUCUGUCAAAUGCUGAGAUACAGCGGAUCAUCGCAAGGACUCAAGUUAAUCCCACCAUUGAUAGAGAAGCAGCAGUCAAGUGGAUCAAAUUUGAUACUGAUCAAUGGGUCUCAUAUGACGAUGGAGAGACGAUCCAGAUGAAGAUGAGUGCGGCAGGCCAGCUCUGCUUAGGGGGUAGUCUAAUCUGGGCUCUGGACCAAGACAGCGCAGACCACACAAGCUCUAACGAUCUCCUCGGCCUUGGAACUGCAAGUGGAGUGGCGCCUGAAGAUGCCGCCAAGAUCCGCACCAUGCAGACUGAUGCGCAAAGGGCUGCAACUAUUCGCAACUCCUGUUACUGGAGUUUCUGCGGUGAGGCAUGUGUCCCUGGCUAUAUCGCGGAGACCUAUGCAAAGGGUCAAGUUAUGGGGAUCGAAAGAGACACUGUGUGUAGGGGGGAUAAUCUAAGGACGCUAUGCUGUGCGCCUGGUACAAAUACUGGAAGCUGUUCCUGGUAUGGGUGGCGUGGAGUAGGAAUGCCUUGCUACACAAACUCCUGUCCGGCAGGUACAGAUCUUGUUGCCGCGAACACAAACUCAUACCUGGACGAUUCAGACGGUGGAGUUAACCACAAUCUCACCUGCAACGGAGGCUCACAAUCUUACUGUUGCUCUGGAUUCGUGCCAUCAUCAUUUGAAAACACGGAUUCUCUGCCCUUGAUCGGGCAACAGGCACUCACCAAACGAUCGUCCAAGCCAUCGUUCGACCCGACGUUUCUUGCCAUUGCUAAUACAGUUGGUGCUCUCCUUGGCGGCUCAACCACGUUUGUCACUUUGUUCUGGAACUAUGUCCUGAGUCCGUUUCAGUAUAUGCCAGUCGAAGACAAAACGACAUCAUCGUGGAAGAAUUACGCUGGCGUCAUUGCUCACCAAAUCGGGCAAGGUGCUCUUGGCCCAGGGGUGACAGAUUUGGAGCCGGCACCCACACCCCAGCCAACAAAAAAGCCGAAAGCAAAAGCAACACAGAUUGGGCGUUACAAGGUCAGUCAGUUUGGGCCUGAUGAUGAAGACUGCGAAACAACAUACACAUGUGCAUAUGGACAAGGCUGGGAUGAGAUUUGUGACAACCAACGCUGGGCUAUUGACAAAGCUCUGAAUGGGAAGAGGGUGUAUCAUAAAGCUCCCAGUCGACCUGAAUGGACUUAUAAGGAUAAAUGGCCUAGGAUGCGGCAUAAAGAAUAUGCCUCUCGCGCAAAACAGCCUGUCGUGAACGGCCGUGUGCGCUGUGAUGUUGACGAGUUUCCGCUAGCCUCCCUAGAAGAGGCCGGGAGAGGGGCGUACCAGGUUGUUCGAUUCGUUAAUGGUCAGGCCAAUGCCGCACAAGGUCAAGACUGGAACAACUGGUUGGUUGCCACAUGGACACCAUGCUCCCAGCUUCGCGCAACGCACGGCAAGAGCGCUCCCCCAAUCACUUGGUCCUUUGGCCCAUUCCAAGAAGGGGACAGACGUAUCAACGCUCGCACCGAUGGCGAGCACUUUAUCGAGGCAUAUGGUUUCAAUUCUCAAAUCCGAGGGGGUGAAUGCUGGGCAACCUAUACAUACACCACAACAGAAAAGGUCAGCAUCUCCGUGGUGGUAGACCAGGGCUUCCGCGCGCUGCCCGAUGACCCAAUGUUCCGAAAGCCAUACGUUUGGCCGAGCUUCAACAACUACAAAAAGCCUCCGUCGUCAACGAACCUGCCUCGACUGAUCGCUGACACGCAGUGGUUGAAAAGAGAGAUCGCCUUAGGGGUGCUAGAAGAAGAGUUGCCGCUGUCAGCUAUCUAUGAGGCUGAGAAGGCAUCUGUCCUAAUUGAGAACCAAGAAUCGCUGAAUCAUGCAUACCCAACCGUUUCUGCGACGUCCUCACUGUCGAUAGGGCGAUACCAGGAUGCCUCCCGGCCAGUACUUAGGAGUGUUUUCCCCAUACAGACGGGUGCGGUGGCGAGUGAUAGCCCCAUGAUGGAGAGACGGAUGCGUCAUUUGAAUGCACACCGCCAUGGGGGUUAA